AUGCCGUCCUACAGCUUCAGCUCCACGACGCUGCUGCUCUCCCUAGCAUUCGUGCUGCUUCUCGCACGACCUGUCCACGCCUUUGGCGCGGGAAAUAUCGCAUCCGUCGCCAAGAUAGAGGGGUCAAACUGGCGUCAUGGCGAUAUCGAAGACACACUCCUCACCCUGCUCAUGUCGCGGGCCGCUGGCGGCAAGAAAUUCGACAAGAUGUCCGUCGCUCGAGUCUAUUUUGGAAACUGGCUUCGAGAUUACUCCCAGGCAAUCGAUGUCGGUACCGUCAAAUACGUGUCUGCCGAAGCUAUUCGUAUCUUGUUGUGGGUACUGGGAUUCAUGACCUUCGGCUUCGGAACCAAGGAGUUCGAAGUGACCACCGAGCGUCUUGGCUGCUACCGUCCCGAGGAUCACAUCGACAAUCCCAAGGACUACGCUGAUAAUAUCGAUGCUACACAAUAUGAUAGGAGACUUCGGGGUCCCGUCGAUGAGCGCGUUGAGUUGGCUAUUGAUCCCCAAACUGGAUUGAAGAACUACAUUGCCAAUGAGCGAGCCGGUAUCAUGACCUCCGCUCUGCAUGUCCGCAAGCUCUUUACCCAGUGUAUCCAUCUGGGACGCUCGUACAAUCGAAGCCAGAACAAGGAUGAACUUUAUGAGGCUCUACGCCUUUUGGGAACCGGACUUCAUUGCUUGGAGGAUUACUCUGCUCACAGUAACUACACCGAGCUAGCACUUAUCGAGAUGGGCGAACGUGAUAUCUUCCCUCACGUUGGUCGCCGAACCAAGAUCCGUCUACAAGGCGCCCGAACUGAGGUCUAUCCCAUCGUUACGGGUACCUUUGGUGGUGUUGACUUUCUUCACUCUGUUAUGGGCGAGGUCUCCGACAAGGCUACCCAGAGCGAGAUCCAGGAGCUCGAGGGUACGAUUCAAGAUCAAGCGAACGGUGAUACCAGUCUACUGCAAGAUCUUCUCAAUAAGAUUCCAAAGGGAAUCUUCGGUGGCAAUGACGAAGCUUCAAAAGCAGACGAGCUCAAGACGAACGCAACCGCUGCUCAGAUGAACCAGGUCCGAGUGUCGCCACUUGAGCCCGAGGGGUUUACCAUCCAGAUGCAAGAGAUUGCCAAGGAGAUCAAGCCCAUCAUGGCAUGGCACGACGAGAUUAUGUUGUCCAUUACCGAGGCGAUUGAGAAGGUGCCAGUCCUUCCUGAGCUCAUUGAGCAGCUUGAGGGUCAGGUCAACGUCUUCGUGUUUUCUCUGAUUGCGCCAUUCGUUCUACCUAUCAUUAGUCAGAUCAAGAACGAGUUGAACACUGGUUCCUCUGAGAUCAUUCAGAGUAGCAAAGAUAAGCAGCUUAUUGUCUUCAAUGACGACGAGAGUUCAGAUCCUACCCAUUCUAUGCUGUCCAAGGAUCAUUUCUCUAAUGUCCUCAACGAGCCAGCGGGAAAGAUCGCUUCUCAAGUCCUCAAAUGGGUCGUCCCUCAGAUUAUUCAAUGCAUGGACGAUGAGCGCGCAGAUGUUGACCGCACAGUCAACCGCAUCAUCUCCGGCGUCUUCCAUCACCCUGCUCAGCGCGACUUCGGUCAAGACGGUGCCUCUGAUGGCCGUCGUCAAAUGUUUCAGGUCGUUGAGCACUGGUGGACAUCCAUGAGCGGUCGCGCUCAGGACGAGCUCCGUGGCCAACUCAGCAGACAGGGCGUCUUGAACGGCGAAAACCACAAGCCAGGCGUCGAAGAUACCGGCCACGGAUGCUGCAAGCCUCUCGGUAUGGCCAAGUCCUCCGGGGGUGGAAAGGGUGGAAACAACGCCAUUGCCGCCGGGUUGAUGGGCGGUCUCCAGUCCGCACUGGGCGGUAAGAAACAUUCUGGCGGCCACGGUGGCUCUUCAGGAGGUUAUGAAAAACAGGCCAACCAAAGCAUUAACUCAUUUGCUUCAGAGGCAGCCGGUGGAGGAGCUCUUGGUGGCCUCGUCGGUGCUCUCGCUGGUGGCGUGGGCAGCUCUCUUCUGAGUGGCGCAUUCGGCGGGGAUGGCGACGAGAAGCCUCAGACCAAGAAAUACUCGCAGCAAGGCUACAACUCGUCUGGUGAGUACCAGCACAAGACCACAGAGUACGGUCGUGCAGGCGAUAACUACGCUCAAGCCGAGUACACGCAGACGCAACGUCCAGACGGGGGACGCCAGACUGAAUACCAGCGCUAUGAGCAAGAUGAGCAGGGCCACGGUAGUCGGUUUGAGCAGAGACGCGAGGAGCGCCCGGGAUAUGGAGGCGGAUUUGAGCAGACCGAGCGCCAGGAUUAUAAUGUUCCCGGGGGAUUUGGGGGCGGUGGAUAUCAGGAGCCGGGACAGGAGUACGGAGGUGGUCGGGGAGGAUACGGUGGGCCCCCAAGACAGGAGUACGGAGGUGGUGGUGGUUUCAGCGGACAAGGAUUCAGCGAGCCUCCUCGUCAAGAAUUUGGAGGUGGCUACGAGUACGGACAGCAGCAGCCAUACGGCGGCGAGCGUCGGGAGCGUCGCGGUUCGAACUCGAGCAACGAAGGCCGACGUAAGAGAAGUGGGAGCCACGAGCGCAAGAAGCAUGGAGGUCACAAGAAGGAAAGGAGCCGAUCGAGAGAGCGGAAGUACAAAAAUAAGAGCGAUGACGGUGACAGUGAUGACGAGAAGAAACAUAGACGGAAGAGGAGCAAGUCACGGGGUAGCAAUGAAAGACGGAAGAGAAGCAACUCACGGGGUAGCGAUGAGGGACGGAGACGGUGGAUUAUGGGAGAUAGGACUGGAGGGGAUCUGGCUUCUUUCUUGAAAGGAAAUCUAGGCGGGCAGAUGGCUGUGGAGACGGUUUCUAGGUCACUCUACGUAUGGUUUUCCAGCAUGGGUUACAUGGCGAAGCAAAAAGUUCUCUCUCACAGUUUACUCACCCCAUCUGCGUAG